GGAAGAUGAGAUUGAUGAGAUAGAUGAGAGGAAAAGAAAAAGAAAAAAGGCAGAACUAUGCCGGAUGUAUCUUCACACAUUCUUUGGGAAAAUCCAUUCCCCAUUUUGCACAUUCGGCCAGCAGUGCGGCGAACCGUGUGAGUCCAAAGGGGCAAGGAGCGUCUUCCGACCCGACCCGAUCCGGCUGGAUGGAUGUGACGGCGGUCUGUAAUAGGAAGCGCCGCUACUCAGCUCUUUUUUCGGGCGCCCUCGCCGUCUUGCUUGCGCACGGCGCGAUCGCCACCGCCACCGCCACCGCCAUCGCCAGCGCGAGCGCCAGCCCCCUCGCCGUCCCGUCUUCAGAGAACGCCAUCCCCAUUGCCGUCCCGUCCUUAGAGAACGCCAUCGCCAUCGCCAUCGCCGUCGCCGUUGCGUGUGCAGAGAACGCCAUCGACGUCGCCGUUGCGUCUGCAGAGAACGCCGUCGCCAUCAACAGAGAACGCCGUCGCCAUCAACAGAGAACGCCAUCCCCAUCGCCAUCGCCAUCGCUAUCGCCAUCGCUAUCGCCAUCGCUAUCGCCAUUGCUGUUGCCGUCAGCAGAGGACGCGAUCGACGUCUCGUCUGAGGGAGACCGCAGAAGCAUCAGAGGAGGCAGGGGAGAGAACCAGCGGGAGCGAGCUGCAAAG